AUGUGUACACUAAGGCUAUGGAGAAGAUACCAAGUACAAUCCCAAACUGUUGAGUACUUGGAGAAGUGUACUGAGCAAUGGAGCAGAGCAUUCUUUGACUGUGGUGUUUGUUGUGAUCACAACACCACAAAUUUUGUGGAAUCUUUCAAUGCCUGCACUAAGCCAUACAUGGACUUACCUGUAUCACCUUGCUUGAAGAGGACUGGGGCAAGAUUUGAUAAAGUUGUGGACAUAGGUCAUACUGAUCUCACAAACUAUGCCAAGAGGAUAUUAGAAACAAGGAGUGAUGAGUCAAGGUUCUGCUAUGCCACAUCAUGUGGAGGUGGUGAGUAUGAGGUUAGGGAUGGCAAUGUCAACUUCCCUAUUACACUUACAAACUACAAGUGUGGGUGUGGGAAAUGGCAAGGCUCAGGCAUCCCUUGCAAACAUGCUCUAAGGGUUAUAUUCAAUCAAAGGCUUGAACCUGCUGACUUUGUAUCAUCAUUUUUCAAGGGGGCAACAUACAAGCUCACAUAUGGGGAUCAUAUCCACCCUAUGCCGGACCCCACUCAAUGGUCUGACCUCAACCUCCCUCAAAUUGCACCACCUGAUAUCAAGAGACCACCUGGCAGACCUGUCAAGCAAAGAAAGAGAGGGCCUAAUGAAGCUAAAAAAGGGAAGAGGCACAGCUCAGUUAGGUGCAAAAAAUGCAAGGAAGUGGGCCACAACUCCAGAACCUGUGGGACUGAUAAAGGAAAGGGGAAAGGGUCCAAGAGAAAGGCAGAUGGAGCUUCCACCAGUCAAGCAGCACCUAAGAGAGCCAAGAAGACUUCCAAGGCAGAUGGAGCUUCCACCAGUGAAGCAGCACCUAAGAGAGGCAAGAAGUGA